AUGUUAAUGGAAAAGUCCAUUUUCUAUGGCUUGGUUGUGUGCACAUGUUUGCUGUUAUUCUUUGUAUACCAUUUCAACGCUAAAUAUGAACUUCAUCCCGUUCUAACAUUGGGAUUGUUGAAUGCUACUUUGGGUUCCAUAUCGGAUUUGGUAGCGCAGGCCGUAGACUCUUACAAGUCAAUGGAGUUUCAAAAGAAACGCGACAUAACGUUGGAGAAGUACGGUAACUCGAUCCUUUUGCCCGCAAAAACGAAUAAACUGGAUUCUUAUCGAACAGUCCGAUAUGCUUUCUAUGGUUUGUGUCUUACACCAAUUCAGUAUCAUUGGUUUGCAAGCCUGGAGAAUGUUGUGCAAGGAGAAAAUGAAUUUUUGUGUAAUCUACUUCGAGUAGCUAUUGAUCAACUUGUAUUUGCCCCAUUUGGUCUCGGGUUUUUCUUUCUGUUUAUGGGCAUUACCGAAUGCAAAUCAACAGACAAGAUCAAGACUUUCUUCAAAAAAAACUAUUAUCCUACUCUAAAGGCAAACUAUGUUUUAUGGCCAGCUGCACAGUUUAUCAACUUCAAUUUUAUUCCCUUUGUCUUUCAAGUUGUAUUCGUGAAUGCAAUGGCAAUGGUCUGGACAACUUAUUUGAGUUUAAAAAACAGUUCUUCUAGUCUAAGUUAA